AUGAAUAUCUUCUUCUUCACUUUCACGUUAAUUUCAAUUACUACCAUGGCCUUUUCUGCAACUUUGGAUGUAUACGACUUUGAUUCUACCAUCGAAUAUCCAUAUAAGAGUAUAAUUAUUAGUUCAGAAGAAAGUUUUGACAAAUAUGACUCGGGAAUUCCAAUGAAUAGAGGUGAUAUGUUAUUCUAUGAAGCCAAUGGUUCAAUUCAACUAAUCAAUAAUGAAGUUGUUUUGUAUUAUGCACCAAAGGGAGUAGUUGCUAAACUUUCCAAAGAUUAUAUCGAGAAGUUGAACCUUGGAUCGAUUACCCCUUUCGAGGAUUUGCCAUCUCCACCCGUCGGCUUCCAGGACCCAGAGGAACUACCAAGGGAUCAAGCAAUCAGCGAGUUUCUUGCUUUUUAUGACAUUAUAAGUGGAAAAGAUACUCUGAUUUCCAAGCGAUUUGGGGUUCAAUGUACUUAUCCUGGCAAUUAUUGUCGAAGUAGCGUUUCUUGCCGCACAUCUUCAGCUCCUGGUACAGGCAUCUAUGCUUGUUUAUGUAGCGGGGCCAGCUGUUUCACUGCAGGAUCAGGUUGCCUGGAUGAUAUAUGUUAG